AUGAGUGUAAGCUUUCGACCACCCGCCCAUUCUGCCGUCCCGUCGUCCUCCCGUUCCGUUGCGCUCGUCGUCGCCCAUCCUGUCGCCCACCUCUCUCCCAUCCCGUCGCUCCCCUCGUCGCCCUCGCCAACGCCCCGAAACUCCCUCCCGUCGCGCAUCCUCUCUCCCAUCCCAUCGCCCCCCUCGUCGCCCUCGCCAACGAAUCAAAACUCCCUCCCGUCGCCCACCUCUCUCCCAUCCCGUCGCUCCCCUCGUCGCCCUUGCCAACGCCUCGAAACUCCCUCCCGUCGCCCACCCCUCUCCCAUCUCGUCGCCCCCCUCGUCGCCCUCGCCAACGCCCCGAAACUCCCUCCGUACGCGCAUCCUCUCUCCCAUCCCGUCGCUCCCCUCGUCGCCCUCGCCAACGCCCCGAAACUUCCUCCCGUCGCGCAUCCUCUCUCCCAUCCCAUCGCUCCCCUCGUCCCCCGUUUCAAACGCCUCAAAACUCCCUCCCGUCGCCCACCUCUCUCCCAUCCCGUCGCUCCCCUCGUCGCCCUCGCCAACGCCUCGAAACUCCCUCCCGUCGCCCACCCCUCUCCCAUCUCGUCGCUCCCCUCGUCGCCCUCGCCAACGCCCCGAAACUCCCUCCGUACGCGCAUCCUCUCUCCCAUCCCGUCGCUCCCCUCGUCGCCCUCGCCAACGCCCCGAAACUUCCUCCCGUCGCGCAUCCUCUCUCCCAUCCCAUCGCUCCCCUCGUCCCCCGUUUCAAACGCCUCAAAACUCCCUCCCGUCGCCCACCUCUCUCCCAUCCCGUCGCUCCCCUCGUCGCCCUCGCCAACUCCCCGAAACUCCCUCCCGUCGCCCUUGCUCUCUCUCCGUAGCCCAUGCUCUCUCUCCAUCGCCCUUGCUCUCUCUCCGUCGCCCUUGCUCUCUCUCCGUCGCCCUUGCUUUCUCUCCGUCGCCCUUGCUCUCUCUCCGUCGCCCUUGCUCUCUCUCCGUCGCCCUUGCCCUCUCUCCGUCGCCCCUGCUCUCUCUCCGUCGCCCUUGCUCUCUCUGCGUCGCCAUUUCUCUCUCCCGUCGCGUGUUCUCUCUCCCGUCGCCCUUUCUCUCUCCCGUUGCCCUUUCUCUCUCUCGUUGCCCUUCCACCCUCCCGUUACCCUUCCUCUCUCCCGUCGCCUAUCCUCUCCCCCGUCGCCCUUUCUCUCUCCCGGCGCCCUUGCUCUCUCCCGAUUCCUAUCCUCUCUCCCCUCCUCUCACGUUGCCCUCGAUGCAGUCGUCACCUUUCCUCUCUCCCCUCCCGUCACCCACCUCGGCGCUUUCGCGCUCGGCCCGAAAUGCCUGCAAGUCGCCCUUUGUUUUUCCCCUCCCAUCUCCCAACACCCUACCGUUCCGCACGUUUCAAUGUAUCAGCGCUCUCCGUGCGUCCACGUUUCGUUCUCCCUAUUCCUUUUUUUUUAUCUCUAA